AAACAGCUUUUCUGGUGGGAAAGUAAAAACAAGAGAGGAACAGGAGAGAAGCACAUAAGAAAUGUUACUAAAAAGAUGAGAAAAUCGGUCCGUCAAGCUUUAAAACCAUGAGGGGCAGCAGAUGAAAUGGGAAGAGAAGAUACAAUUGAACAGAACCCUUUGCAUAUAAACAGCAGGUUAUUUUUGGAUGUAAUGAAGAAACUGGAGGAAUUGAAGUAAAGUUACAAGGAGUCAUUCUUCAUUUGUGGCGAGUGUGUUUUGGGUGGCACUGUUUUUCCAUUGCAAAGAAAGUGUUAACCAUGACACAAUAAUUCUACGUAAUCAACAGUGAAUGCCGUCUUUGUGGACAAGGAUUAUACAUGGGACAUUUUCACAGUUUCCUCAUCAGUUUUUGAAGAUGGAGAGGCAUAUUCUGGAUAAAGUUUGUAUUAUGUCAAGCUGUCUCUUUUUAUGCCUCAUCAUGUGGACUGUUCCAGCAGAAGGAUAUUUCAUAAGGAACUGUACAGUGCACGGCUCCUUAAACUACACUGACAGGCUUAAAGUCCUUUGCUAUAAGAUGAGCUUCCAUCAGGUGCCUUCUGAUAUCCCUCAUAACACAAAAGUCUUAGACAUUUCAAUCAAUUAUAUUUCCCAGCUGAAGGAAGGGAAUUUCAAGAACCUUACCAACCUGAGUAUUCUGAACAUAUCAAAAAAUCAUAUUGGCUUUCUGGAGGAAGGUGUCUUUAAGGAUCUGAUGAGCCUAUAUGAAAUGAAUCUCGCUCACAAUGCUUUGAGGGAGAUUUCAGGUGGCAUGUUUAAAGGCCUGAACAACCUCACGGAGCUGAACCUGGGGUAUAACCAUAUUAAAAGCAUUGAGCCUAGUACCUUCCAAAUUCUUUCAAACCUCCGAGUUGUCAAUCUGAGCUUUAACGCCUUGUUCGACAUUGAGCAGAUUCGAGAGGUUUUAAAACAUUUCCGUUUGAGGGAAAUAUACGUGGGAGGCAACAAUUUCUCAGAUUUCAGUACAGAAAAAAUAUCCAAUUUAUCUUUGAAUGUACAGGUCCUGGACUUGUCCUAUAAUCCUUUUAGAUACUUGAAGAUCACUUCUGACAUAUUUCCUAAUCUUAUAGUUCUGGACCUUUCUUAUUCCGGUUCAAAGAAUGGUUUCCAGUGGGAAGUAAAAAAUACAUCCUUUGUAAGUGGCGUAAAAAGGUUAUUUUUAAAUGGCACUCACGUGUCCUACUCGCAAAUGCAAUCUAUUUUAAGAAGCUUCAGUAACAUUUUAGAAGAACUGUACCUUAAUAAAUUACAAAGUCAAACAAUGCAAGACUAUUUGAAUGUAACCUGCUUAGUACUUCCUAAGCUCAGAGUUCUGAGUCUGCAGAACAAUAAAUUCAUUUCCUUGCAAAAGAAACAACUUGAAUACUGUAGGCAGUUAGAAGAAAUUGAUUUAUCAAAAAAUAAGUUGCAAAAUAUGUCAAAGACGCUAUUUCAAGGCCUAAACAGAUUGGGCUUUUUAAACAUAUCCUACAAUAACUUGACUGCUGUUCCGAAUGCGACACAGAAUAUUACCAGUCUGCAGACGUUUGACCUCAGUUACAAUAUGAUCAAGCAUUUGGAAAACUAUGACUUUAUGAACUUGACAAACCUGAGGUAUCUGAAUUUAGCUGGUAAUGUCAUCACUUUAAUCACAGGUUCUUUAUUUAGCAAUUUGUUUAAUUUGCAAGUCCUAAAGCUUGGCAGUAACCUCAUUUUGAGCAUCCAAGGUCCACUAUCACCCAGCCUGGGCAAACUGGAGGUUUUAGAGCUACGCAUCAAUAAGCUGAGCUCUAUAAAGAAUUCUACAUUCCUGUACUUGAAUUCUUUAAAAGAACUUAACCUUAUAGAUAAUCAGAUUUCUUCCCUUGAAGAGGGGUCCUUUUUAGGCCUACAACGCUUAAAAGCUUUGCUGCUGGGGAGUAAUAAGCUCACUCGGGACACUUUCAGAAAGACAGACGUGUUUACUGGGGUGACUGGCCUGAAUGAACUUCAGUUUUUCGAUAACUAUCUUUCAUAUGAAAGCACAGACAAGUUGUCAUAUCCUCCGUUUCUCUCGUUAAAGUUUUUGAAUCGUCUAACGAUUAACAGUCAGGGUCAUAACGGUCUCCUUAAUUUCCCUUCUAACCUUCUAGAAGGGCUUACAUCUUUGAAAGAACUGCAUGCCGGUAAUCUGAACAUUAAUGAACUGCACCCAGACACCUUUAGCUAUACGCCUAUGCUGUCAUUCCUUGACCUUAGUAAAAAUGUGUUAAGUACUAUCGAUUCAAGAGUCUUCCGGAUGGUUUCCAGCCUGACGGAAUUCAUUUUGUCUCAGUCUCGCCUGGAGUCUUUAGAUUUCCUCAUACGUGCUAACCUAACCAAGCUUAAGGUACUGAGAGGCAAACGCAAUGAGCUGAAUACGAUAAAUGAAACUCUCAUUCGUUCCCUUCCGUUACUGAAGUAUCUGGACUUGCAGCAGAACCCUUUUACUUGCGACUGUGAUAAUGCCUGGUUCGUAAACUGGUCCUUGAGCAACCCUCAUACUCAAGUGAUUUAUUUCAAUAAGUUCCGUUGUGGCUAUCCACCAAAUCUGAAAGACAUGACGCUAGAAAGCAUGAGAACUGAUUCUUGUGUCGUAAAUAUCAAUUUAAUAUGCUUCAUCUCAUCUACAACCCUGGUAACUGUUACCUUGGUGGUUUCUUUUAUUUAUCACUUCCUUAGGUGGCACCUUAUAUAUGGUUAUUACCUUAUUUUAGCAUUUCUAUAUGACAAAAAACACAGAUUUCAAAACAAAGAGAAGAUGAUUUGCUAUGAAUAUGAUGCGUUUAUAUCAUACAAUACAAAAGAUGAGCCAUGGGUCUUAAGAGAGCUAGUGCCACAUCUGGAAGAUACCGAGGGUUGGAAGUUGUGUCUACACCACCGCGACUUUGAGCCCGGUAAGCCAAUCAUUGAUAACAUCGUGGAGAGCAUCUACAAGAGCCGCAAAACGAUUUGUAUUAUUAGCCGAAACUACCUGGAAAGUGAGUGGUGUUCUAGGGAGAUCCAGUUAGCAAGUUUCCGCUUAUUUGACGAGAAGAAGGAUAUUCUGAUUUUGCUGUUUCUGGAAGAUAUUCCAACCAGUAAGCUGUCCCCCUACUACAGAAUGAGGAAAAUGGUGAAAAAGAAGACGUAUUUAAAGUGGCCUGAAAAUGAUAAGGGCACCCGAGUGUUCUGGCAUAAGCUGAACGUGGCAUUGAAUGCGGAAGAAGGUUAUAAAAAGGACCCUUACAUAAAUGAUCUGAAUGAAAACUGAUGCACUUUCAAAACUUUUGUUUUGUUGAACAGUACGACCUCCAUUCUGUGUGACAGAAUUUGAAACGUAGCCUGGCUUGUAUCUUGAAAUUUUUAAAUUUUUCGACAAUCACAUGUUGCCCUAUCAUUCUUGUUAAUAAAUUAUUGAAGCGCAUCUAUUUCCUAAUUGGGAGCAGGGGAUAUACCAAAUAUUAUUAUUAGCCGUCUCCUGCGGCCACCCGUGUAGUAGUGAAACAGGACAGUGAGGAGGGCCCUGUCUGGCUCCCCCUCCUGACGUCAUGCUUCCCCCUCCCCUCGGCCCGCAGGCUCUGUCUCAGAUUAGCGUGAAUAUAUCUCUCCCGCAAGCAAACUGUAAUACUGAAAAGUCGCCAAAUCAACCAGAAUGUUCAAGAAAACUCUAGAAAAAAACCUGAUCUAAAUCUGUUAAGUAGUUCUCUCGUUCACUAGCUAAGCGGAGGUAAGGAAAGCGCCGAGAAGGCGUGUGAGUGAGGAGGGCCCCGUCUGGCUCCCCACUCCUGACCUCACGCUUCCCCCUCCUCUUGGCCCGCAGCCUCUGUCUCAGAUUAGUGUGAAUUAAUUGCUCCUGUAAUCGAACUAUGAUACUUAGCGCGAUGAGAGAAGUCAUCAAAUCAACCAGAAUGUUCAAGAAAAUUAUAGAAAAAAACCCAAUCUAAAUCCGUGAAGUAGUUCUCUUGUUCGCUAGCUAAGCGGAAGUAAGGUACAUGCCCUGAGGCUGGAGCUUGAGUCGGGGGGGGGUCCCAAAGCCAAACCCCCCCCACCCCCACCUCGGCCUACUGCAUCUCUCUCAAAGUUUUGCUAAUAAAUCAGUACCGCAAGCGAACUGUAAUACUUAGCUCAAUGUGAGAAGUUGCAAAAUCAUCCGGAAUGUUCAAGCAAUAUAUAGAAAAAAACCAGGUCUAAAUCUGUGAAGUAGCUCUCUCCUGAAAAGCAGACAGACAGACAGACAGACUGUGGAUUUUAUAUAUAGAGAGAUAACUUCCUAAGCAGCCACAACAUUAAAAGCACCUGCCUGAAAUUGUGUAGGUCCCCCUGGUGCCCCCAAAAGCACUUUGAACCAUUGAGACACGGACUCCGCAAGACCUCUGAAGGUGUCCUGCACCAAGACAUUAACAGCAGAUUUCAUCCUGCUGAAAUAUACCACUGCCAUCAGGGAACACCGAUGCCGUGAAAUGGUGAACGUGGUCUGAAAUAAUCGUCACGUAGGGGGUACAUGUCAAAGGAACAUCCACAUGAACGCCAAGACUCAAAUUGUCCCAGCAGAACAUUACCCAGAGCAUCAAACUUGCCUACUUCCCAUAAUGCAUCCUGCUGCCAUAUCUUUCUAAGGAGAAUGACGCACACAAACCCGACUGUCCACAUAAUCAAAGAGAAAAUGUGAUUCAUCAGACCAGGCCAACUUCUUCUACCAUUGCUCCAUGGUCCAGUUCUGACGCACAUUGUAGGUGUUUUUAGUGUGGACAGGGGUCAGCAUGGGCACUUUAACUGGUCUGUGGCUAUGCAGUACUGCACUUGUGUGUUCUGCCACCUUUCUCUCGUGGCCAGCAUUAAUUUUUUCAGCCAUUUGUGUCACAGGAGCUCUUCCUUGGGAUUGGACCUUACGUGCUAGUCACACACAUCAUAAGAGCCUUGGGCGACCAUGACCCAGUCACCUUCCUUAGACCACCUAACCCACUGCAUGCUGGGAACAGCCCACAAGACCUGACGUUUAGGAGAUACUCUGACCCAGUUGUCUAGCCAUCACAAUCUGGCCCUUGUCAAAGUUGCUCCGAUCUUACGCUACUCCAUUUUUCCUUCUUCUUCCAGCACUUUAAGGAGAUCACCUGUGUCAUUCACUUCACCUGGCAGUGCUUUGAAUGUUGUGGCUGAUCGGUGUAAAUUGUUGGGUGUGGCAUCCUGUACCUAAAGCUUUAGACUUGUCCUAUAUUGUACAUAAAUCUUUCAAAAUGCCAAUCGUUAGAAAUGAAAUAUGAGAUUUGAAACAUGACCGACAGACAUUCCACUCAUAUAUUUCCAUAAAAUUAUAAAAAGAGUUGUUUUUAGUAAUAUGUAAAACAGUUUUUACACUCUUCAUUAAACUUUUAAGUUUGGACUGUUACAGUA